AUGGCCCGUGCCAUUCUCACAUUUUGUAGUUUGGAUGGUAGGCUCAUUAACAACGACUACAACUACUAUAUUGACUGGAUUGAGGAGUCCAUACGGCUUUUGGACAAGAAAGCCAUUGUUUACUUUAUCACUACGCUAUGGAAUAGUUGGAAUAACCGAAACAACUUCAUCUUUCAUGGUAAGGAAGAAUAUGCACGUGUCAUUUGGGAGAGGGACAUUACCUUAAGCAAGGAUUUUCAUAUUCAUAACAUGGUUAACAAGUUGAUGCUGCCGUUAUCCCCUUCUCCAAAAAAGUGGGAGAAGCCUUUAAGAGGUAUUGUAAAGAUCAACUUCGAUGCUGCUGUGUCAAACACAAAAACUGGUUUUGGGGUAAUUGCACGUGAUUCCGAAGGCUUUUUUAUUGGAGGGGGCUUUGGUUUCAAAAAUGAGGAGAUGACGAGUGACUGGACCGAACUCUAUGCUUUCGAAGAGAGCCUUAAGAUCGCUAGAUUGCUGAAUGUUACAAAAGCCACCCUCGAAACAGAUUGUACAACCCUAACAAAUAGAAUAAAGAAGCGUAGAGAUGACAUUAGUCUCAUGGGUUAUCUCAUUAACAAUUUCCUUCAAAAUAUGGAUAGGUUUAAUAAUGUAGUUGUAAAUUGGGACAAUCGUAAUUGUAAUAAGGUGGCAGACUUUUUGAGUAAUUAUGCCAUUCCUAAUGAGGGUUAUUUAGUUUUUGGGAUGGAUUACCCUACAGUGAUUCAUAAUCUUGUAAUUGAUGAUGUUAUUAAUUGA